AAAUCCGAAAUCGUAAACAUUUUGAUCUGAUAUUUCUCAAAUUUUAUUUUGUUGAAGUGACGCAAAUCUGAAUAUUAUUUUGAUCAAGAUUUUUCUAAAAACUAAAAACUCAGAAUUUUGGUGAUCGAACAUGGAUCCGAUGAUCGAACUGUGCGAUAUCAUAGCGAAACUUCCGGAUCAGUUUAGAGAUAAACUGGCUUGGAUUUGCGGUAGGUGCCCGCAGCCGGAGAAUUUACAGAACGAUUCAGCCAGGGCAUCGAGGUCGCAACUCAAUGCGGUGAUUGCCGUCGCUCGAUUCCUUUCUAAAUGUCCCCAUUCAAAGGAUGACCGCCCUAUAUCGACGUUGCUAGAGUUUAUCAAGGCCUUUCCGUUGACUUUGCGUCGUUCAUUUUGGCCGCAGUCUUACAAGUCCGAAUCAAUUGCUUCAUUUUACGUUGAUUUCUUGACAUACGUGUGCGAAGCCGCUAAUGCUUCUAAAGAUUUAGCUUCCGAGAUCGCCGAGUACUUUGGGGAGGUAGUCACUACCACCGUUCGUGGCCAGGAUGCGAACACCAACGAUUCUGCAAUUUCCAGGGCUUUCGUGUUGGCUUUGUCUGAUAACUUCCCGCCAGUUUUACCGUCAGAUGCCGAUCAAUUGAUAGAUCACCUUUUCAAACAAUUAGCCACGUUGGUUCCGGCGUCACAAGGGGAGAUAAUUCCAGGAGACUUAGAGAUUUCGGCUGCUCAAUCCAAUGGAAGUUUUUAUUGGAAUAGUUGUGCUGAUCAGUUGAAUUUUAUCAAUGAUGGAGGUGGGGCUAUGUGUAAGCAAAUAGUUUCUUCAUUCGAGGAAGAGUCUAUGGAGAGCUUGGAGAAGCAACAAGUUGUUUUUAAAAUGAUUGCUCAUGUUUUGGUAAAAGUAAGCAUUGAUCAAAAGCAUUUGCAGCAAGUGAGGUUAAUAGCGAAGAAGCAGCUUCAAUCUAUGUCUGCAUUUCUGAAGAUUAGCAAGCAUGAUUGGAAUGAACAAGGGCAAAACUUAAAAUCCAAAAUUAGCACAAAACUAUCGGUUUAUAGAGCUGCUGCUAGGAUGCAAAUUGCAAGUCUUGAAUCUCUUGAUUUGGAUGCGAAGACCUCUAAGAAAUUGGCGCUUGAGACUCUUGCAUUGUUGAUAGAUGCUGCUGAAGCAUGUCUUCUCUCCGUAUGGCGAAAGUUGAGAGCUUGUGAGGAGCUGUUUACAUCAUUGCUCUCGGGAAUUGCACAAGUUGCUGUCUCUAGGGGUGGGCAGCCACUGCGUGUAUUGCUCAUUCGUCUCAAACCCCUUGUGUUGGCUGCAUGUAUGCAGGCAGAUACCUGGGGCAGCAGCCAAGGAGUCAUGUUUGACGGAGUUCUUAAGACAUGUUGUGAAAUUAUUGAAUCUGGCUGGGCCAAAGACCGAGCUCCAAUAGAUACAUUUAUCAUGGGAUUAGCUACAAGCAUUCGUGAGAGAAAUGAUUAUGUAGAGCAGGCUGAUAAAGAGAAUCAGGAAGUUCCAGCAGUUCAGCUUAAUGUAAUACGCUUGUUGGCUGAUCUAAAUGUUGCUAUCAGCAAGCCUGAAGUUGUGGAUAUGAUACUUCCACUUUUUAUUGAAAGCUUAGAAGAGGGUGAUGCUAUAACUCCUAGUUUACUGCGACUUCGACUUCUUGAUGCUGUGUCUCGCAUGGCAAGUUUAGGAUUCGAGAAGUCGUACCGGGAAACAGUUGUUCUGAUGACAAGAAGUUACUUGAGUAAAAUUUCGAGUGCAGGGUCUGGAGAAAACAAAUCAUCAACAUCAGAGGCCGAUACAGAACGUUCUGAGACUCUUCCAGCGGGAUUUCUUUUAAUUGCUACCGAUCUUAAGAAUGCAAAAUUGCGUUCAGACUACCGUCAUCGCUUGUUAUCCUUGUGCUCUGAUGUCGGCUUGGCGGCCGAGUCAAAAAGUGGCAGGAGUGGAGCUGAUUUUCUGGGAGCCCUGCUUCCUGCUGUUGCUGAAAUGUGCUCUGAUUUUGACCCAACGGUGGAUCUGGAACCUUCACUGCUGAAGUUAUUCCGCAACUUGUGGUUCUACAUUGCUCUUUUUGGAUUGGCACCUCCUAUUCAAAAGAGUCAAAAAUCAGAUUCCACUACAUCAAACAGUUCAGGAAGCACUGGUAAUAUUACCCUUCAAGCAGUGGGAGGACCAUAUAUGUGGGAUGCACAAUGGUCUUCUUCUGUCCAGCGUAUUGCUCAAGGGACUCCUCCCCUUGUUGUGAGCUCUGUGAAAUGGCUUGAAGAUGAGUUGGAACUGAAUACCCUUCAUAACCCUUCCAGUCGUCAAGGGACUGGCAACGAGAAAGCUGCUAUAAGCCAAAGAACAGCUCUUUCCACGGCAUUAGGUGGGCGAGUGGAUGUUGGAGCAAUGACCACAAUUUCAGGUGUAAAGGCCACCUAUCUUCUUGCUGUGGCUUUCCUAGAGAUAAUACGUUUCAUCAGUAAUGGUGGCAUCCUGAAUGGUGGCACUAGCGAUGCCACUAGUAAUGACACUAGUGAUGGCAGUAGUUUAAACUAUUCUAGGAGUGCCUUCAGUUGUGCCUUUGAAUACUUAAAAACUCCAAAUCUUAUGCCAGCUGUUUCUCAAUGUUUGACAGCAAUUGUGCACAAGGCAUUCGAAGCAGCAGUGUCAUGGCUGGAAGACCGAAUAACUGAAACAGGCAAUGGUGCUGUGAUUAGAGAUUCAACCCUUUUCACACAUGCUUGUUUCUUAAUAAAUAGUAUGUCACAGAGGGAAGAACACAUUCGGGAUAUUUCUGUGAAACUAUUGGGUCAGCUGAGAGAUAAAUUUCCUCAGGUUUUGUGGAAUUCAUCUUGUGUAGAUUCAUUACUUUUUUUUGUUCAAAAUGACACAACGUCAACUGUUGUCAAUGAUCCUGCUUGGGAAGCAGCUGUUCGUUCUUUAUAUCAAAAAAAUGUCCGGGAAUGGAUUGUGGUAUCACUGUCAUAUGCUCCAUGUACUACCCAGGGUUUACUCCAGGAAAAGCUUUGUAAAGCAAACACAUGGCAGAAGUCACAGCAGACAACUGAUGUGGUGUCUUUAUUAUCAGAGAUAAGGAUUGGAACGGGAAAAAAUGAUUGUUGGAGUGGAAUACGGACUGCAAAUAUUCCUGCAGUUAUGGCUUCAGCAGCUGCUGCGUCAGGAGCAAAUUUGAAGUUGUCAGAAGCCUUCAUCUUAGAGGUUUUUAGUACUGGUAUAGUCAGUGCAACAGUUAAAUGCAACUAUGCUGGAGAAAUUGCUGGCAUGAGACGGUUGUAUAAUAGCAUGGGUGGAUUUCAAGCUGGUGCGCCACAACCAGGUGUUGGUGGUGGCCUCCAAAGGCUGAUCUCUGGAGCAUUCUCUCAACCACAGCAGACUGAGGAUGAUGCAUUUAAUGAGGUGUCACUUUCAAAGUUCGUUCGUCUCCUUCAACAAUUUGUUAAUUCUGCAGAAAAAGGUGGAGAACUGGAUAAGUCACAGUUCCGCGAAACUUGUUGUCAGGCAACUGCAUUGCUUCUGUCAACUCUGGGUUCUGAUAGAAAAUCAAAUUUGAAGGGCUUCUCGCAACUUUUACGUCUUCUCUGCUGGUGUCCAGCUUAUAUUGCUACCCCUGAUGCUAUGGAAACUGGCGUUUUCAUAUGGACUUGGCUGGUUUCAGCUGCUUCACAGUGGGGCUCUCUUGUCCUUACUGAACUUGUUGAUGCAUGGUUAUGGACAAUUGAUACAAAACGAGGGCUCUUUGCAUCUGAUAAGAAAUACUCUGGACCUGCUGCAAAAUUGAGGCCCCACUUGACCCAUGGGGAACCAGAGUCACUGCCUGAUAUCAAUCCUGUUGACCAAAUACUUGCUCAUAGAUUGUGGCUAGGUUUUUUUAUUGAUCGCUUUGAGGUAGUUCGUCACAAUAGUGUUGAGCAACUUUUGCUCAUUGGUCGGAUGCUACAAGGAACAGCCAAACUUAGCUGGAGCUUUUCACAUCAUCCAGCGGCAGCUGGUACCUUCUUCACCUUCAUGCUUCUUGGUAUUAAGUUCUGCUCAUGCCAUUCUCAACGGAAUUUGCAGAAUUUUAGACGUGGGCUUCAACUAUUGGAAGAUAGAUUAUACCGGGCCUGUUUGGGAUGGUUUGCCUAUGAUGCUCAGUUUUAUGACAUAAACAAUAUGAAUUUUGCUCAGACUGAGGCUCAAGCUGUUCAGUAUUUUUGUAAUGAGAUGGUAAAUUCUCUGCAAUCUGAUUCCAAGGUCCGUGUACAGGAGAAUGAAGACACUUUGGCGAAUGAUGAAUAUCACCCAGUCUGGGGGCAAAUGGACAACUAUGCAGUGGGAAGAGAAAAGCGAAAGCAGCUGCUUCUAAUGCUGUGUGAGCAUGAAGCUGAUAGGCUUUUUGUUUGGGCACAUCCUGUUUCAAAGGAACCCAUGCCUUCUCGGGCCAAACUCACUGCAGAAAAAUGGAUCGAACAUGCCAGGACUGCUUUCUCAGUGGAUCCCCGGAUUGCUUUUUCCUUGGCCUCAAGGUUUCCAACAAACACGUCUCUAAGGGCGGAAAUAACUCAGCUAGUCCAGUCAAACAUAUUGGACAUCCGUGAUAUACCCGAGGCAUUGCCAUUUUUUGUCACCCCAAAGGCAGUUGAUGAGAAUUCGGUACUUCUGCAACAAUUGCCUCACUGGGCUGCUUGUUCAAUUACGUUAGCUCUUGAAUUUCUUACUCCUCUAUAUAAGGGUCAUCCACGUGUCAUGGCUUAUGUUCUAAGGGUUUUGGAGUCCUAUCCACCAGACCACGUAACAUUCUACAUGCCACAACUCGUGCAAUCUCUGCGGUAUGAUGAAGGGAGGGUAGAAGGAUAUUUGCUUAGAGCAACUAAAAAAAGUGACAUAUUUGCACACAUUCUAAUAUGGAGUCUUCAGGGAGAGGAACUUGAAGAGGGGUCAGAAGCAGCAAUACUAGCAGGACCACCCGAUGAAAGGGCUAAAUAUUUUCAAGAGCUGCUACCAGUUGUUCGGCAACGUAUUAUCGAUGGUUUCGGACCCCAGGCCCGUGACGUGUUUGAAAGAGAAUUUGAUUUCUUUGAUAAAGUUACAUCCAUUUCCGGUGUCCUAUAUCCUAUUCCAAAGGAGGAACGCCGGGCUGGCAUCCGGAGGGAAUUAGAGAAAAUUCAAGUAAAUGGAAAAGACCUUUAUUUGCCAACUGCUCCUAAUAAGCUUGUUAGAGGUAUUAAACUUGAUAGUGGAAUACCAUUACAAUCUGCGGCAAAAGUUCCUAUCAUGAUCACCUUCUAUGUCAUUGAUAAGAAUGGUGACGAAAAUGACGUAAUGCCUCAGGCUUGUAUUUUCAAGGUUGGAGAUGACUGUAGACAAGAUGUUCUUGCUCUCCAAGUCAUAUCUCAAUUAAGAGACAUAUUUGGAGCAGUUGGACUUGAUUUAUAUUUAUUCCCGUAUGGGGUUCUCCCAACUGGUCCAGAGAGAGGUAUAAUUGAGGUUGUGCCCAACACACGAAGCAGAAGCCAAAUGGGUGAAACAACUGAUGGUGGUUUGUAUGAGAUUUUUCAACAGGAUUUUGGGCCUGUUGGCUCUCCUAGCUUUGAAGCUGCACGCAGAAACUUUAUAGUUAGCAGUGCAGGUUAUGCUGUCGCUAGUCUUCUACUUCAACCCAAGGAUCGACACAAUGGAAACCUUCUUUUUGACAAUUCGGGGAGGCUUGUUCAUAUUGAUUUUGGUUUCAUCUUUGAAAUAUCACCUGGUGGAAACAUGAGGUUCGAGAGUGCACAUUUCAAGUUGAGCCAUGAGAUGACUCAAUUACUGGAUCCAUCCGGAGUUAUGAAAAGUGAAACAUGGGAUCACUUUGUAAGCUUGUGUAUAAAGGGGUACCUUGCCUCUCGUCGAUACAUGAACGGGAUAAUCAAUACGGUGAUGCUAAUGCUAGACAGUGGAUUGCCAUGCUUCAGCAGGGGAGAUCCCAUCGGGAAUCUUCGCAAGAGAUUUCAUCCCGAGAUGACGGAGCGCGAGGCUGCCAAUUUCAUGAAAAGUGUAUGCGUAGAUGCUUACAAUAAGUGGACCACUGCUGGCUAUGACCUUAUACAGUAUCUACAGCAAGGCAUUGAGAAGUAAAUGGGAAGAACAUCAUUUUUUAAUGUGCAUCAAAAUAUUUGUAUUUUUCUAAUUAUUCCCCUCCCCCUCCCCUCUUUUUCCUUCUGUAGUUUCCAUUUUCACGAGGAAUUCCCCCCAAAAUAAUGCUAUGAAAUGAUAAAAGAAGUCGCAUAAUAAUAAGCUCCCUCACACUCACACAUGCUGUGAUGUUGACGAGGAGAAGAUUGUAAUAAUGAUUAGUAAUAAUGUAUUGUGAUAAUGAGAAUUGAAGUUCUUUG